UACACGGUGAAAAGCUUGUAUCGCAAUAAACAAAUGAAGCCGAAUUGUUUCGGUUAGUGUGUUGUGGACGAUUGAAGAUGCCUUUUGGAUGCAGCAAGGAUGUUGCAUCUUCUGGAAGCAUUAUUUUCCUGAUUUUAUAUGCCUUUACAAUACUGAUGUUACAGUGCGCCGAAGCGGGCUGUGAAGAGAAAACCUACUGUUACCACGAUGGUGUUUGCGGGUAUGGUCCAGGUGACAACGAGACGUCAAUAUGCCUCUGCACGCCCCAAUAUUGCGGUCCCCGAUGCCAGUUUGUUUCCCCGUGCCUGAACGGCGGAUCAUGUGCCAUUCACGCGGACAGCACUGGGGUGACUCUGAGCUGCGAUUGCCCCGUCAACUUCACCGGGCGGUUGUGCGAGCACUAUCACGCCUGCUCGUCGGAUCCGUGCCCGGGCAAUCGCCGAUGUGAAAUCGAUGACCUGAAUCAUUAUAGAUGUCUGUGCUUGGAUGAAGGGUAUCACGGUUCGAAGUGUGACGUUUACAACGUAUGCCACGAGUCACCUUGUCUAAACGGUGGUGACUGCAUCUUUGCAGGCCACAACAGGUCUGUUUGCGAGUGCAGUCCCAACAGCACUGGUUAUUACGGAGUACGUUGUGAGCAGUUUGACUUCUGCCUCACGUCACCAUGCAAUGCAGGGACGUGCCUUCAAGACCACAACGGUGGCUCGAACGUAACCUGCGUGUGUGACGGGUUACACUAUGGUAAUUUCUGCCAGUAUGAGGACCAAUGUGUGAGUUCACCGUGCUACAACGAAGGGCAGUGUUCAACACUGGAGACGGGGGGUUACAGCUGCGACUGUCCGCCAGGAUACCACGGGAAUAGAUGUUUUCUGUCAGUGUGUUACUUCACAUUCUGUCGCAAUGACGGUACCUGCUUCGUGAACAAAGAUGGCGACCCACUCUGCUGGUGCACAGAUGAAUACUACGGUGCCGUCUGUGAGAGUCUAAACCCGUGCCUCAAGAGCGACCUCUGCCAGAACGGUGGAAACUGCACCGAUGUUUCAGGGGCCUCGUUCGGCUGCGACUGUGCCGUGGGUUGGAACGGGUUCCUCUGCCGGCAAGUUGACCGGUGUGUCUCGAGUCCGUGUCAUGAGAACCAGACGUGUGUUUCUACCAUGGGGAGCUAUACAUGUAACUGCAGGACGGUUGGAUACUACGGAACCCACUGCACGGAGUAUGAUGCUUGCACCGAUACACCGUGCCUGAAUGGAGGGCGAUGUGUUUCAGGGAGAGAUACUGAAUACACGUGUGACUGCACCCCACACGAUUACCCAACUGGCUACUACGGGACGAACUGCGAGUUGUUCGAGCCGUGCUCCGAGCAUCUUCACGGGGUGUGUUCGUACCACGGCGACUGUGAGUUCAAAGACUCGGAACCAGGCUACGAGUGCACACAGUGUGACGAGGGUUUCUACGGGACGCGGUGUGAACGCUACGAUAGCUGUCACAGCAAGCCGUGUCUGAACGGCGGCCAGUGUAUUCCGAUCUACCUAUUCCAGGACCACUGGUGUAAUUGCUCGUUGCAGUAUACAGGGAAGAAUUGCGAAAAACCAGUAACAUGCAACAACGGACAUCCCAGCGUGACUGUUAGUACAAAAGGGGCGUACGUAUGGCCUGAUGUUUUGAUCAAAGAGACCGGGUCGCUCCCGUGUGAAGUCGGUGAUGGCUUUGCUACGAGGCAGUGUGAAGCCGUGAUAUCGUCCGGCAGCGUGCUCGGUACAUACUGGCUGUCCCCCGAUACAUCAGCAUGCCAUAUGGUCAACCUAACCACAGAGGUAGCCAAGAACUUCACGUACUAUUUACUGCAUACUACGAGCAACGCUGAGGAUAUGUACCAGGAGGAGCUGACGUCAUCGACUGACCUGCUGCUCGCUAUCAUAAUCUACGCCUACGUUGACCUUCACUUUGCCAAUGACGUCAUGGUGUGCAUGAGUAAUAUAUUGGAAGUCAACGAAACGAUUAUUCGAGACAGCUCUGUUGAGUCAGAGACCAACACAAAACUCCUGUCCGUGAUAGACUCAUUUGCAGAGAACACAGUCCUGAGUACGAAUGACUCGAAAGCUGAACUCAUAACGGACAAUAUUGAGAUUACGAUCAAUGACGUACCCAUGGGUCAGGCCUUGACAACGGGCUCUGAUUUCCAGUCGUCACUGCCCAACUCUAGCGGGGUUUAUAUGAAGGUUCCAGCUGAAGCUUUCCUAGAGUCCCGAACCACAGGAGACGAAAUCGACUCUGUUCGAGUGAAUUAUGUGAUCUUGUCAAAUACAAAGCUCUUCAUACCCACUGAUGGUGAGUCGUCUGAAGUGAGUUAUGGCUAUGCCGUAUCGGCUAACAUCAUCGGUAAGACAGUGACAGGUCUGAAGGAGCCAGUUACCAUCAGCCUACCGAUGGACAACGAUGCAUUUGGAAGACAUCCAAAAUGUGCGUUUUGGAAUGAGGAAGAUCGGAGAUGGGACACGACAGGAAUGCAGCUCAUCUCGACAGAAAACAACUCCGUCGUUUGUCAGUCUCGUCACCUGACGUACUUUGCAAUCAUCAUGGACCCUGGACUGUCGGUCAAAAUGUCGCCAUUUCACAGGAGAAAUAUGACCAUCAUCAGCAAGGUUGGAGUUAGCAUUACUCUUAUAGGACUUCUACUGACGUUCAUCACUUAUGUCCUCUUCAAGCAACUGAGAGUCACGCGCUCGGGCAAGAUACUGAUCCACCUCUGCGCAUCCCUAUUCUGCCUCAACUUGGUAUUCUUCAUUGACAGCAUACCCUCCAUGACGUCAUCGUAUAUAGUCUGCAUGGGCUGCGCCAUCUUGCUGCACUACUUUGUGCUGACGUCAUUUGCGUGGAUGGGGAUGGAGGCGGUGAAUAUGUACAGGGCACUGGUUCAGGUAUUCGUCCGAGGGAGCACCGGGUGCUUCAUGACAAAAUGCAUCCUGCUGUCAUGGGGCGCACCGAUAUGUAUAGUGACUAUAACAGCAGCUGCGGACAUCACACAUUACGGACGAGAGAGAGACUUCUGUUUGGUGCUGAAGACCAAUCCGUACGUGUACUACAUCACGUAUCUUGGGCCUUGUUGCUUGAUCUUGGCGGCCAACAUUGUGGUAUUCGCUAUGGUGAUCCACGCAGUCAGUUCAUGCAAAAGCAAGAGACUACGAUCCGGCAGUGCUACGACUAUGCCAAAAGGGGUGCGAAAGACACAGAUUGGUUGCGCUCUGUCUGUGACUUUCCUUCUCGGUUUGACCUGGGUGUUUGGUUUGUUCGCUGUGGGAGAAGCUACCCUAGCAUUCCAGUAUAUCUUCACCAUACUCAACACCAUGCAAGGUUUCUUCAUUUUCUUGUUCCGGUGCGCGCUCUACCCGGAAGCCCUGCGCUGCUGGCGCUCCCUGAUCGUACACCACACACUCAACCCACGCCGUACACCAGGCAACACCGCUAUGAAGAACAACACCAACUCACACAGCCAAAAGGGUACCAGUAAGUGUGCCCUAUCAUCCCACCCUCAGCCAAUGGUACCUAUCAUGAAUGUUGCGUAUGUUCCAGACGAUGUAGGUCGAAAGGGAACGCAACUCCCGACCAGUAAAUCCAAUAAGUAUGCGAUGAAUUCUUAUGAGAAAGAGAUUACUUUAUGGGGGAAAGCGAUGAACGUGAGGAAUGUGACCCUUAACAAUAUCAAGCCGAGAAAUUGUAAUGAAGGCUUGUAAAAUAAACAUUUGUAACAAUACAACUUAUUUGAUAUAGAUGUACAAAUAAACUAAAAACAGUCACCUAUAUUUAAUCAUAUGACAUUGAAGAAGUACACAAUAAAUUUACCUUGGCGGUAAUUCAAUGCUUAAAAUUGGGAGGGGGGGGGGUGUAACAUAACUUGUGACUAUGGUUUACUUUUUUA